CGCUGCAACCAUGGACUUUCUCAAGUCGGCCGUCGCCUCUGCCAUAUCCAAGGGCCCGGCAUUUGGCUACACGUUUGGCGAUCGUGUCGACUUGAACGACUCCAUCUGGGCUCUGCACAACGGCACAAAGCGAGACGAUGGCUCCAAAUGCAGCAUCUUCUCCUUCGACAUCACCGCAAACAAGUCCCGCCUGCCUCUCGCUCGCAAUGCGCUUCGCAAGCUGCGAACCCUGCGCCAUCCAGGGGUAGUCAAGGUUCUGGACACGGUGGAGACUGAGAGCUACAUAUACAUCGCCACAGAACGGCUCACUCCGCUCAGCUGGCACGUCAAGAGAAGGAGUCUGACCGAAGAGACGACCAAGUGGGGACUGCACAACAUUGCAAAGACGCUCAAGUUUGUAAAUGCGGACGCCGCCUCCAUACACGGCUGUGUCCGGCCGGCCUCGAUAUUCUUCAGCGAGAGCGGCGAGUGGAAACUGGGAGGCUUUGACGCGCUGAGCUCGGUGAAAGAGGACGAUUCCAUCAUACCAACCUAUGGCAGUCUUAUACCAGACGCGGCGCGAUACAUGCCGCCAGAAGUGUCAAAAGGAGGCUGGGAGGUGGUCAAGCAGAAUCCAGCGCAUGCUGUGGAUGCGUACAAUUUUGGCGUCUUGAUCUUUGAGGUGUUUAAUGGCAGCUACAAUAGUAGCGACCAGCUGGGGCAAUUGAAGAGCAUUCCUCCAAGUAUGCACCAGUCCUACAAGCGCCUCCUCAACCCCAGUCCCAAAGCUCGUAUGAGCAUAAGCCAGUUCCUCGACCAAGGAAAGCGUCUGGGCGGAUUCUUCCAGACGCCUUUGAUUCAGGUCACGGAUGACAUCGAGAACCUGGGCCUCAAAGCCGAGGACGAGCGGAAUGAGCUGCUUGGAAAACUAGACGCUGUUGCAGACGACUUCCCCGCUGAUUUCUUCAAGAUGAAGGUACUCCCAGAGUUGCUCAAAUCAGUAGAGUUUGGUGGUGGAGGUGCCAAAGUCUUUGGCACAGUCAUGCAGAUAGGACAGAAGCUGUCAGACGAAGAAUACGAAACUCAGAUCACACCCGUCGUCGUGCGGCUAUUUGCCAACCCUGAUCGAGCCAUUCGCGUGUGUCUUCUAGACAACCUGCCGCUCAUGAUCGACCACCUUCCAGCAAAGCUUGUCAACGAUAAAAUUUUCCCGCAGAUGGUUACUGGCUUCUCCGAUGUCGCCCCUGUAGUCAGAGAACAGACUGUAAAGGCUGUGCUCACGGUAGUGCCUAAACUCUCGGAACGCACUAUCAAUGGGGAGCUUCUGCGCUAUCUAGCAAAGACUUCCAAUGACGAGCAGCCCGGCAUCCGAACAAACACGACGAUUUGUUUGGGUAAAAUUGCGCGCAAUCUGGGUGCCAGUAGUCGGGCCAAGGUCCUCUCUGCCGCCUUUGCGCGCUCACUGCGCGAUCCAUUUGUGCACGCUCGAAACGCAGCUCUUUUGGCGUUGGCUGCGACUGCUGAUCUGUUCAGCGAAGAUGACUGCGCAAGCAAGCUACUCCCGAUCAUGUGCCCGUCGCUCGUCGACAAAGAAAAGCUCGUCCGUGACCAAGCUCAGAAAAGCGUCGACGUGUAUAUGGCACGAAUUCGCAAAUUUGCCGCCACAAUGCCUGAUACUGCGAUGCCGUCUCCAGGAGUUGCCGCUGCUGGAGGAGCCUCUCCGCGUAUGGGAACCCCUGCGAACGACACCUCGUGGGCCGGCUGGGCUAUAUCGAGUUUCACAAAUAAAUUGGCGGCGACAAGCGGGCAAAUGCAGGCCAGCUCAGCAACCAACGGGACAGCAGACCAGAGACCGUCGUCAGUCCCGCCAGCUGCCACGACUCCUCAGCCACCGGUUCCAUUGGCGAGCAAACCAGGAAUGGUGCUUCAUAGUGCUAGGAGUACGGUAUCAACACCUACCAUUACAUCACAAAAUCAGUCGUCUGCCUUUGACGACGAGGCAGAAGAUUUCGACAACGAUUGGGGUGGCUUCGCUGAUGAGGAGAAGCCACAAGAGGAAGAUGAUCCGUGGGGCACGCCGGCCGUAUCCAAGCCGGCAUCUACAACGACGUUUGACGACAAAGGCGAGCCCGACUUUGCGGGAUGGUUAGCAGCACAAUCGAACGCAAAGAAGCCACUCAAGAACCCUCUACCAAAGGGGCUCGCCAAGACAACCACGCCGGCGGCCAAGUCAACCAGACCUGCGAUCGGAGCAAGGUCAAGUACGGCGGGGUCAGCAACAAGGAAGGUUGUCGCGGCGCCAAAGAAGGAGGUCAAAAAGGAGGUGCCAAAGGCCAACGAGGAGGAAGAGGAAGGGUGGGGUGACGCAUGGUAGUCAUAUAGUGUCUCGUAGACGACGUCGGUUGUUCAGCAUAGCGAAGGCGUCCUCUAGGAGAAAUUGCUUAUAAUACACCUCUUUUGCCAGCCGAAGCGUAGUUUCGGACGACAACCAGCCA